CCCUCAAUAAAAGCCCUUGACACAUCUACCGUCAAAGAUAGUCAAGCUAAUAGAGUUCUUCGCCAAACUUCAGCAUCAAGACUUUGCAACUCUUGUAACUCGCACCAUAAUUUCAAGAAUAGAUUCCCUACUUAUACUCUGUUCUACAUAUUUGUCUUCCAAUUAUCGAAACCACUGAGCAGCAGCCAUGACUAAUCUAUGUCCACGAUGCAGCCAGCUUGGCCUUUCCCACGAGUGUUUCAAGAUUAGCGCCAAUCGCAACAUGGCUCCUUAUGACUUGGGCGUUCAGUCUGUACAAAAAACGCACGAGCGAAUCGACUUUGGGACAAUGACCCAAAUCUGGGACUCAGCGCCAACCUGCAGUCUUUGUGAUCUGAUUCGCCUCAGCGUGAAGGAUCUGCUCCCGGAAGAUCGCCCGAGCGACGUGAGAUGCUACCUUGAUUGGCAGGUUGACGGACGAACUCUCGACAGGGCCGAGUCUCAAGUUAAUUGUACUCGAAGGCUGCGAAUUGGCUGGGAGGCGGAGUGGUCCAAGCAGUAUGAAGCUCAUAUUAUACUAGCUGCGCCAGAGAGCUACGAUAAGUCUGAUGUCGACUACUUAAGUCGUGUGGAUGAUACUUCCCAAUUCCUCGGUCGACGUAUAGGGUCUAAGGUCUGCAAAAAAAACCUUAUUCUGCAAUUUCUCCACCUGUGCGAAAGAGAGCACGAGCAAUGCAAGGAGGUUCUUGGUAUCAAGGACCCGUUUGCGGAGAUUUUGCAAAGGUCAUACUUUGGUGUCAUUGACAUCGAAAAUGCAAUGCUUGUCCCGUUAGAUCAUCAAAAGACCGAAGACGGUAGAUUAUCCUUUGCCCCCUAUGCGGCAGUUAGUUAUGUUUGGGGAACAACCAGCAACCCACUCCACUCGACGCGCAAGGCCAAUAUUAGUCAUCGGCGUAAGUCAGGAGGCCUGGCAGAUGUCAUAAAUUCUUUGCCAGUGGCCCUUAAGCAAAGCAUAGAUCUAGUUCAUGCAAUGGGAAUCCGGUUUAUCUGGAUUGAUAGCUUGUGUAUCGUGCAAGACAGCGGACGCAAUUUCAGCCUCAACGCCAAGGCAAUGCACUCGAUAUAUGGCAAUUCCACUAUUACAAUAUGUGCCGCCGAGGGCAAGGAUGCAACAACUGGUCUCUUGGCCCUUGAUGAGGAUAAAACCGAGCAAGUGACUAAAACUAUUGCCCAAGGGAUCAAUCUCAUGCUUCAUCGACCAUGCGAAGUCAGUAUUAACGCAACGCCAUGGAACAGCCGAGGAUGGACUUUCCAAGAGAGAUUACUCUCCAGGAGGUGCCUCAUAUUUACCGAUCAUCGAAUUUUUUUCCAGUGUCGUUCCACAACCAUAUCGGAAGACAUAUUUCCAGACAAACAGGGGAAGGGGUGGUCGUUGGAGUUAGUUAAUGCGCCUCUUCGAAUGCUUCCACAGCUCAAGACUCAAGCGUUAUUGUUCUACAUGAAAUCUGUAUCCCUAUAUACUAAACGGGUACUUUCUGAACCAUUCGAUAGAUUAGCAGCGUUUAGCGGCAUGUGCAGUCUUAUGCAAGAAACCAUGGGCGCACCCUUCACGUUCGGCCUUCCCAUCUCUCAUUUCGACUUCGCCAUGUUGUGGCAACCAACCGGUAAAUCGAGGACACUGACUAAGCCUCUGAAUAAGGAUGAUGCGAGGUACGAAAACAUAAGAUUCCCGACAUGGUCGUGGUCUGGUUGGGCAGGAGAAAGUGCAGAAUAUAACCGGGACAUGGUCAAGGGGUGCUUGUCUGAUGUACGGCGGUGGCUUAUGAAGCAUACCUGGAUUGACUGGCAUAUUCGAAGUAAAGAUGGUACUCUAAGGCGACUCUGGCAGAAGGAAUGCAAGGAAGAUAGGAGUGAAAUUGCUGAAUGGCGAGGUUACUGCCAUCCGGCCACUACUGUCGCCAUGGCAAACGCCAUUCAUACAAUAGAUGCUGCAAAAGAGGGGGGUGUGGACUCGGAAUCCGUUGCUGUGAAGGCGAAUGGGGUCUUACUAGCCCCAACUGGUCAAGGCCGGGGGGCUGCGAACAUAGUCAACGGAGCAAAAGGAUGGGGAAAUGGGGCAUCUUUACACCGGAGGCCAAGAGACCAACGAUGCGUCGAUCAUUUUGGCCGCUCUAUUCGAGACAACGUGUGGAACGUCUCUCACAAUACCACGUUCUCACUGACACUCCCAGAGGACCCUUAUCGCGUUUGUACAAGAGAGAACAACGAAUCGCCGACCUCCACGCAAGAUCAGCCACUUUUGCAGUUCUUCACUUGGCGCAAGGAAUUUAGUCUCGUCCGGGACAAUGCUGCGACAAAUAAUGCUGAUUCCCAACAGUCUCACAGUCAACAAAGUACUGAAUCUCGGCGUCGCAGCCCGAUAAAUAAUGGCACCGGUACAGCAGAGCCCUUGAGCCAAUGCCAUAUAGCGCACCGCACUGGCGACAAGUGCGGGUCGAUUAAGGUUGAUGCGGAGUGGCUUAGGAAGAAUAAGCAGACAAGGUUUGAAUUCAUUGCCAUUUCGGAAGCCAAGUCAUUUACCGACGAGGAAUUCCCUCACUGGACGUUCUACAUACCCUGGGAGAAGAACGAAUGUGACUGGGAGGUGUACUUUGUGUUGUUGGUGGAAUACGACGAAACAGAAGGCAUUUACCGACGCGUUGCUCUGGGUAAGGUUUUCAAAGCUGCAUUUAGACACACGCAAGAUGAGUGGAAGGAGAUCAUUCUGGGAUAGGUCAUGAUCAUAUAUCUGUCAUCCAGGAAUUGAUACAUGUUAUGCAUUACGACCUAGCUUUACUCCGCGGGCACCCACUCCUGACAGAUUGCUUGGGGAGGAGAGAGUCAUAGUCAGCACGACUCAUCGAAACUGUUGAUUAGAAACAAAUUCAAUGUCUCUUUGAGGUUGUAAUGAAAGCCCAUUCUAGAACAUUCAGAGUUGUGUCAGAUUGAAACAUUUAUAUUUGUCUUUUGAAAAUAAGUGUUGAAAGAAUUUCCGCCCCCUAUCUCCAACCUACCAGGCACAACGGCAUAAGAGAGAUAUGCAAAAGUCUUUCAAUCUCUUUGUCACUUAC